CAUAGAACGUGUCAUACAAAACGUGUCUAAUUAACGGAUUUUUCAUUAGUUAAUUGCAGCAGCAUUAGAAAAAAAAGCAAUUUAGAGAACAAAAAAUAUCUAAUAAAACAACACAUUUUAAAAUAAAUUUGCACAUUUUCCAAAAUAGCCUUUGUUGACUUUUGAAUACGCAUUUGAGAGGCAUUCAUUUUCCAAUAAAAAUGAAAAAGAUUAUAGUAUGUAGUUUAAUACUGAGCUUAAUAUCAUGUGUUUUAUCUGAACCAGCAAUUUUUAUCUACAAUCAAGAUACCCCAGAUGAUAUUGCAGCUUUUUCAGCACCAUUUGCUCAAAUACAACAACUGGCCGAGAAAGAACAACUGGCAGAAUUUAUAGAAACCUUCGACCAGUUCAAACUGGCCAUGGCUGACUUCAACAGUAAAAUCGAGGAACAUGUUGAACAGAUGAAGACUCUAGGUCGUUUAGAUGAUGUGAUAGCUGCAGAUCUUACAGAAGAUGAAGCUGAACAAGAUAUUGUUAAAGAAGAAGUUUUAGUACAACAAUAAAUUAAAAAUAAUAUCAAGUAAAUUUCUUGGUUAGAAUUAACAUUAUUAUAAUAAUAAAGAAAAUGGAAUA